AUGGAUUCAUCAAUGGAACGAUCACAAUCACCACUCUUUAUUUUUGGACCAAAUCAUAUUGAUACAAGUCGAGCUGAAAUGCUGGUACAAUGUUUAAGUAAUAAAAUUAAAGAAAAACGAUUUAAACUUCAAAAAAUUAUUGGAAUUAAUGAAGAAAAGAAAAAACGUAAUGAAUUAAUGGAAAAUGAAAAGAUACAAUUAACAACAAAAUUGGCAAAUAUUGAACAUGACAAUUCUAUUCGUGAACAACAACUUCAAUCUGAACAACUUCGAAUUAAAGAACUUCAAUUUAAUAUUCAAAUGCUUGAUGAUCAUAAUAAUUCAAUCAAACGUGAUUGUACAAAUGAAGAACGAAAAUAUGAACAAGAAAAAUCAUCACUUAUUAAUAAAUUUGAACGUAUCAAACAACAAUGGACUGAAAUUUUCAAACCACAAUAUGAACAAUCAAAAGUUUAUCAAUAUUUAAAACAAGGUGAUUUAGCUUAUAAUAUACUUGUUGAACGUCGAGAUACAUUACUUAAUAAACAAAAAUUAGCAUAUAAAGAUUAUUUAACACGUCGUCAAGAAUUUUGUAAUGAAAAAAACUUUCAAUCAUCAAUUUUAUCUAUUGCUAAAUAUUUUAUUUCUCGACGUGAUCAAUUAAUGAAAAUCAAACAAAUGAAAGAAAAAUUAAUUGAACUUGAAAAUAAACAGAAGGAAUUAAUAGAAAGUAAAAUUGAUAAAAUGAAAGCAUGGGAAAAUGUUUAUACACAACCCAUAAAACGUGAUUUAUUGGAUUUUUGUUUACAAACUAAUAUUGAACAAGCUUUAACACUUUCAUUUAAUCAAAUACAAUACGAUAGUUGGUCACAACCAGCAACACCAAUAGCACCACCAUCAGUUUUAACACCACAAAAUGAACAAAUUGAAUUAGUAUCAGAAGAACAAACUAACAAUAAACCAUCUGCUAUAUUUCAAUCAUCAACAUCGAUUAUUCAUGAUGAAACUGUACAUCAAGUCAUUACACCAUCAUCAACUCAAUUAAUUGCUUCUACAAUAGAAAUUGUUCCAAACAUGAUGAAAGAUGUACCUAUGAAGUCAAAUCGUUCAUCGGUGCUUCAUCUUACAACAGCUAUUGAUGAUGAUGAUGAUGAAUUAUUCUCAAAAUCUCAUCGAAAAAUACCAACAGCUCAAUUGGAACAAAUGACUAUCAAUGACUUUCCACCAAGUACACAAGCAUUUAUGGUAUCAACAAAUACAAUAAAUUCGUAUAUAGAUGUCGAUCAAGAAGUGUCAUCUAUAUCUCAAAAUGAUCAAUCACUUACACAAGUAUUUACUAUUGUUUCAACACCAACUCCACUUGAAUCGAGUUCUGUACGUGAUAUUGUUACACCAACAAUAAAUAUUCAAGUUUCUGAAUCGAUAUCAAUGCCAUCUACUAAUACUACUGUCAAUAAAUUACAUUCAACUGUAGCAUUCCAACUUCCAUCUUCACGAAUUCAAAAUCAACCAAUACCAUCAGCUACAUCAUGUAUUCAACCUCAAGUGACCAGUAAUGAUGUACAACAAAUGUUAUUAACAUUUUCACCGGAUCCAUCAUCAAUGAAUGAAGAACAAUCACCACAACCAAUGGAAGAUGAUUCCGAACAAUCACAACAACAACAACAACAACAGCAACAACGACCUACAUUUUCAAUGAUUUCAUCUAUUGAAUCGACUACAAGUACUGAAGAUGGAUAUACUGGUUUUAACUAUAAUUUUGGUUUUAAUGGUAGUGCAACUGGUGAUGCCACUGUUGGUGGUGGAAGUUUUACAUCACCGAUUAAUUUUGGUAAUUGGACUAAUAAUCUUGGUUCACCAAUAAGAACAGAUUCUAAUGAACAAUUUCCUGCAUUUUUGCAACAAACAAGUAAUGGUGAUAAUGGUGUGGAUACUUCGUUUUCAUUUGCUUCAUUUAGUUUUGGUGGUGGUAAUGAAACAUCUACUAAUGGAGCAUUUGGUUCAUUCUUUUUUGGUAAUAGUGGAAGUUCAAUGAAUACAGAAGACGUUCAUGAUAGAGAAAAAAAUUAA